AUGACUGGAAAUGAGGCACUGACAUGGAGAAAGGGAGAAAGAAGUUGGGCAAUCAAACUGCAAAUACUUCUUGCUGUUAACACCAUACACGAGGAACGUAUAGUACACUCAGACCUGAAGCCAGCUAAUUUUCUUCUUGUCCGAGGUUCGCUAAAGCUGAUUGAUUUUGGCAUUGCAAAAGCUAUAAUGAGUGAUACAACUAAUAUUCAACGGGAUUCACAGGUGGGUACACUGAGUUACAUGUCUCCGGAAGCAUUCAUGUGCAAUGAGACAGAUGCAAAUGGAAACACCAUAAAGUGUGGACGUCCAUCGGACAUCUGGUCACUUGGUUGCAUCCUUUAUCAAAUGGUGUAUGGAAGAACACCUUUUUCAGAAUACAAGACCUUCUGGGCAAAGUUCAAAGUCAUAACCGACCGAAACCAUGAAAUUAUUUAUGAACCAGUUUCCAAUCCAUGGCUUCUUGAUCUUAUGAAGAAGUGUCUUGCAUGGGAGCGGACUGAAAGAUGGAGGAUUCCUCAGCUACUUCAACACCCUUUUCUUGUUCCUCCAAUCCCAAGUCAAUUAUCUUUCCCUCAUGACCAGAGCUGUAAACUGCUUCAGGUAAUUGCUGAAUCUUGUUCAGAUGAUCAAAAAGCUUUGAAGCUAUGUUCUCAGCUGCAACAAUUACUAAAGGAUCCAAGACCGGGAGGAACAUCUCACGUAUCAAUAUCACAAGAUGAACAACGUAAGUUGCUUUGUGAAAUAUCAAACCUUUGCUUUCAACUCCAGGAACAAUUAUCAAACUUUGAGAGGGAUUAG